AUGACUAAAAAUAUUUAAAAUAUUCCAAUAUCAAAUAUAGAUUAAAGGUAAAAUAAUAAAAAUGCAUGUUUUGAAGAAUUAAAUACUUAAAAUGGAUCUGUAAAAAUUUUCAACCCUAACUUAGCAAACGGAUAAUAUCAAGGAAAUAAUGGAACUGGAGUAUUUUUAGAUUUAAGUGACAUUACACCAUUCAUCACAAAAAAAUAUACACUCUCAUUUUAAAUUCAAUGUCAAAAUAAUUUAAUCAUUACAUAGUCUCCUUACCUGAAACUAUUUAAUUUAACUGAUGGAUCAAUUGGCUCUUUUUAAUUAGUUGAUUACUUAUCAUACAGAAACAACUUGAAUUCCAAUCCUAUAAUUGAUUUAUGUUUCUCCGAACACUGA